AUGGUAAGCAUUCAACCUAUUACGCUUGCCAAUUUCCUUGGUAGGAGGCUUUCACUCAAUACAAGAGAUGCAGGCUAUUCCAAGGAAAUUACGGCGUACAAUACGCUGGCGAAGAAAUUAUGGAGAAACUUGGUUACCAAGAAUAACCCGCCUGGAACGGCAAAGUGGUGCAGGGUUGCAAUGGGUGAUUAA